AUGUCUGGUUAUUUAGAGGUGAAGUAUCCUUUUAAGUCAAAUCUCGGAUUGAAUCCUUUCAAAUCUUGGAAGAGACAAUGGUGUAUUCUGCGGCCAAGUCCUACGAAUGCAGGUGGUGGAUCACUUGCUGUUUACUGUAGCGAAGCAGGAGCUCCGGCUGGGACAAUUGAGUUACGUACUGGAUGUAUUGUAAAACGUGCGAAAUCUCGUACUCGGCCUCAUGCCUUCGCUGUGUUUUCAAUUGACGAGCCUUGUAAGCCUCGCAUACUACUGGCAGCGCAAAGCCUUCAAGAAGCGCAGCAGUGGAUGGACAAAAUCCGUGACUUAUUGAAUGGCGAAAAACUUUUAGGCACCGAAACAUUACUUAAAGAUUCAUACUCUGUGAUGAUUAUACCCACCGAGCUGUCUCGUAAAUGUGGUGUUGCCAGUAACAGUAAUCUAACACUUUCAUCGAAUGGAUUAUUGUUCUCUAAGCUUGAUUCUGACAUGGUGAUACGUUGGCAACACAUUACUGAUAUUAUCCAGACAAGAGAGAAUGGGGACAAGAAUAAAACCUGUGUACUUAGUGUUGAUAGUAUAUUUAACGGCGGUGGCGAUUUCAAGUUUAGCAGCGUACUCGGUAACGAGCUGACCGUGGCUAUAAAGCAGGCGAUGAAAGAGAACACUCGCAGUGGCCACCUGAGUAGAAGUCACCCGGAACUGUCCACCGCCUGCCAUCAAAGUGGUGAAUUGCGUCGCAGUAGUUGGUACAGUGGUCCUUCAGAGAUUUCCCUCGACGACACCGAUCUCAUCAUGUCCAAGGAGGCGCGGCUGGGCGCGCGCCGGCAGCUGUCGCGCUGCAGCGGCGCCGGCGACCUGGCGGAGCGCGCGCGCCGCCUGCUCUGCCCCGGCACGGACCUCGCGGACGACAGCAGCAUGUGCUCGCGGCGGUCGCUGGCGUCGCUGGCGUCGGUGUCGUCGGGCGUGUACGAGGAGAUCGCGGAGACGGCGCUGGCGCCGCGCGCGCGCGAGGACCCCACCUACGAGAGCGUGGAGUGCGUGUACGCCACCAUGCGCCGCGCGCGCCGCGCGCCGCCGCCGCUGCCGCCGCGCCGCACGUACGGCACAAUGAAAGUGGGCGAGUCGUGGAGCUGCGGCGGCGGCGAGGACGCGGGCGUCACGCGCCACUCGUCGCUGGGCUCGCUGCACCACAAGCCCGCGAGGCACGCCAAGCCGUUCAGUGUUUUCAGAAAAAGACUCAAAAGCGACUCACGCAUCGCAACAUCACCAAAAUCAGAAACGACAAAAGAGAAAGACGUUGAAACUAAAAAGAAAAAGUUCGACUUCACACCAACGCGCGAUAUAUUCAAAAGCUUUAAAGUAAGUCGAAAAAUGAAAAAUCUAAAAAUAACAUCAGGACUAUCCAAAGGCGAGACUAAGAGCUGUGAAUUCUUAGACGAAACCCAGCACGUGACGACGAACCGCUGUUCUAAAUCCGUCGAAUGUUUAGAAGACGAAUUCGACGAAUAUGGAACUAUUAGCGACGAAACAGUGGAAUCUUUGGCGUUGCCUCAAGAGAUAGUGCAAUUGAUACUAGGUCAAGAAGUGAAAGUGCGUUUAAAAGAGUCUCAGUGUGAAAGUGAUUACAUGCCCAUGUCACCCAUAGUGCCCAUAGUGCCCAUAGUGCCAGGAGUGUCCCAGAUAGAACAUCACUACAUGGUCAUGUCCCCGAGAACGAAUCUCGCU